AUCAAGAUGAAACGUGGUGAACAUCAAAUACCGGAGUUGUCAUUUCGAAUGGGAAGAUAACAGCGCUGAUAGAAAUCGAACGUGGUUGUUCUGCCACACUAACAGUCAAGCGCGUGCGCGCAGGCAGCUGGUCUUCAACCGGCGCCUGUCACAGACUGACAGAGCGAGGCGACUUCUCAGUUGCACGCGCUCCCCUCUCGUCCUCCGUCGAUAUCAAGCGUUCCUCUGCCUUGCUUAUUAUUUAUUUAUGAGUAGCCUAACUUAGAAAAAGAAACAGAGGCAGCAACCGUAUUGCAAUACCAAUACAAAUAACAAGUCCAAGGAAGGAGGGGAUAACGGGGGAAAAGACGGGGAAAGAGAGAGAAAAUGCAGUUUUUCUGACGUGUGGACGUUUCUCAUGUCUUCCUUUAUUAUAUAAUAUUUACAGCGUGUCUUUUCUUUCUUUGUUUCAACUUAAAGAGGGAAAUCAACAACAUAAGGUAGACUUCAGUAUUAAAAACAAAACAACUCCAAGACAAGCCACGAGUGAUGCUUUCUCGUCUUCUGUCGUCUUCUCUCCUCUUCUCUUCUUUUCUAUUCUCUACUCUCCUCUUCUCUCCUCUCCUCUUCUUUUCUCUCCUCUCCUCUUCUCUCCUCUCUUUUCUCUCGACGCAACCCAAUGGAAUAUUUGUAUAUACUUGGUCGAUGGAUGUGCAACUUCUUUAUACCCAGGAGAAUUCGCCCAUCUCCUUUUUUCACCGGAAGAUUUCUCCCGCUGUUGGUCUUCCUCCAUGGCUUCGCCUUGCAUCCGGACCCGUGCCUCUCCCACCCCCAGCCAUGUCACAUCCUGGCUCGGAUCGGACACGCGGUUCGUCUCGGUGCUCUGCUUCCCACCGGACAACCAGCAAGGGUACAGAACGCUCUGAACAGAGCCUUGACCAGCCUGAAGCACCGGGCUGGAGAAGGCAUCCCGCCUCUUCUGCCCUACAACCUCACCCUGGAGGUGGUGUCUCGGUCCCCGUCUGGUGGCGACCCUGUCUCCCUGUCCAGGUGUGUGUGUCAGGAGCUGGUUGUGCGAGGGGUGACAGGUGUCCUGGCCUUCCCUCGUUCACCAGAAGAACUCAUCCACAUCGACUUCCUGUCCUCCUUCCUGGAAAUACCUUUUAUAUCACUACUGGAGGACCUAGAACCACUCAGAGUUAAGGAGGAACCGCCCCUGCACUGCAGAGUAGGGGCCGUGACACCCCCCUCCUUAAAAUGA